GACUACAAUCGUCAUUAAGUCGGUUAGAUAGUAGUAAGAAUAAAAUAAAAUAUAAGUAUAAAAAUAAAACUAUGGAUAAUAUGUAUCAAAGUAUAAAUGAUAAGGAUAAAGUAAAUCAGAAAAAGAGAUCACGGCAACUAUUGAGCUGUGGAGAAUGCAGGAGACUCAAGCUUAAGUGUGAUAGAGUAUGGCCAUGCUCAUCCUGCAAAAAGCGUGGGUGUGCUGCUAUUUGCCCAGAAGGUACACUCAAAGGUGGUACAAUGUCAAGAAACGCAUUGGUUUCUAAUACCGCAUCCCUUCUCAGUAGAAUUGAACAGCUUGAGAACGCUUUAAAGAACGUGGGGGAAAUAGUGCCACCACCGACUGAACCUAUUAUUAGCUCAGCUGCUUAUGCCUUUAAUUCACCACCACCACUUCAGGAACAAUCAUUUCAGGAGGAGGACUUUGCCGAAAGUUUCGGUUCGCUCACUUUAGGAAUAUCUGGACAAGCUAGGUAUGUUGGCCCAAGUGCUGGUUCAGAGUGGUUGCAGAAUGAAGAUGCCAUAUCCGACGAAGAUCUUGAAUCUGAAAGGAGAAAUGAAAGCUCUCCAAAUUUCCAAGAUAGCCCAAACACACCACCAUCGGACUUCCCCUUUCCCGGUGCUACAAAUCAAUCAGUUGUGGAAGAAAUCUGGAGACAAUUACCACCUAUAGAAACCGCAAGACAUCUCUCUAAUAAAUAUUGGGACUACGACUCCUGUUUAUAUUAUGUUGUUCCCCGUGAAAUUUUUGAUGAGGACUUUGAAAUCAUCUAUCAAGGUCUUAUAGAUGUAAAAUUCGCACACCAAUUAGCACGACUUUAUAUGAUUUUGGCUAUCGGCUUACAUUGUGACGUUUAUGCGCCAUUCGGACAUCCUGAUUGUCAUAAGUAUUAUUGCUCAGCCAAAACACUUCUCAACGCUUCAGACUUUAUGACGAAAUGUUCGCUUGCAACCGCUCAAACGUUGCAUCUAAUGGGGAGUUAUCUUCUCAAUAGGAAUCGCAUCAGUGGUGCUGACUCUUAUUGGCCUCUUCUUGGCGUUCAAAUGCGUAUCAUACAAGCUAUGGGUCUUCAUCGAGAUGGUGGCAGAUGGGGUUUCGAUGCAAGACAACUCAAUGAGCGUCGUAGAACUUUCUGGGAGUGUCACACUAUAGAUGUUUUUCAAUCAAUCUGUUUCGGGAGGCCUUACUCGACACAUGCCAGACAUAUUGAUUGUGACUUCCCAAUAGAUGAGGAAGCCCGAAAUUUUCAUACAGGUGGUAAAGAUGAAGGAUAUGGUUUCCAUACUCUUAAAUUCAAACUUGUUAAGCAUCUCUGUAGGAUUAGUGAUGACAUAUAUGGCGUCAAUCCUCCCCCAUACGAAACUGUCAUACAUGUAGAUAGAGGAAUUAGAGAAUUUGACAAAAACAUACCUUCACAUUUGAGAUGUAAGGCCGCUUCGUUGGUAAGAAAUUCUUCAAAUUAUCCAAUCGAAGAAGAGGAUUCUAAUAAUAUUAGUGAUAAAUUGGCUUUACAGCAACAUACACUAGCAUUAAAUGUAAAUGAAUGCUUGUUGUACCUAAAUAGGCGUUAUUUCGCGCACGCCUUAAAAACACACCCAGAAGAUCCUCUCAGGUCAUCAUUUGCUCAAUCAUACAUUGCCGUCAUGGAAUGCUGUAGAGUUAUUGUCGCACUCGUCAGAAGUAUUCAUACACUACUUCCAGAACUUUCAACACGUUAUUGGUAUUUCUUUCACCAUUUAUUCUCUUGUGGUGUUUGUGCUGCUGCAUCAUGUAUGCUUUCUCCAGGUUCUUCAAUGGCAGCUGAAGCUUGGAAAGAUCUCAAUGAAAUUAUUGAAUUAUGCGCUUUACCAACUGCAGGAAAGCGCGCUAAUGCUUUUGUGCCAAGGCUUACACAACUUAGAGAGAAGGCACUUGAUCGUCGCAAAGCACAUUUAGAAUCACGUGUAAUGAUUGGUAAUAAAGAAGAGCAAGAAAAUGAAGAAGACCAUCUAGUUUUACUUGGCUUAGGUUCUAGAGUGGUUAAAAAAGGUCACAAACCUCACGUUACGAUACCUUCACGUGCAAGGUCUUAUAGCACUCAAUAUAAUCUAGCAGGUGGAAAUGCGCAAUAUAAUCAACCUGGAAUAUAUAGCCCUUCAAGUGAUAAAGGAGUACCUGCUAAGUCAUUCAAUGAGUAUGCCGCUAUUAGUCCUGAAGAUGAGAAUUCACGUAGUAAAUCAAGGAGAAGAAGCAGAUUCGAAAAUACAUCGCGAAAUGAUAAUGAUGCGUUUAUUAAUUCACCUUCAUUUAAUGGAAACUUCACAUUCCAAGCACCAAACGCAAAUGAUCCAGUUUAUGAAGCGUUAUUACAAACAUCCAGUGGUACAAACUCAACUGAAAUGUUUAAUAGUUUAUGGGAUUUCUCCAAUAAUAAUAAACCUAUUCCUGAUCUUAAUUCAACUAACGAUAACUUGAAUACAUCACUGAAUAAUGUUCCUAUUGAUCCAUUUUUUACAGGAAUGAAUGCAGUGAAUAAUAAUUGGACAGAAACGAAUGAAAGGAAUCAAGGUGAUGGAAGACAUAAUGACGCUGAUUGGAGUAACAUUAUAAAUUCAAUGGGAUUUUGAUAAUAAAUGUAAAACUAAAUAUAACUUGUAUUUUAAUUCAAUUCAAUUUAAAGAAAACGC